CAACGCAGUUGGGAUCAAUGGUACGGGUACGGUGGUGCGGGGUAGGGAGAUAGGAGGGCAUAGAGGAGGGUUUGAGUGGUAACGAGUUGCGCGGUGGUUUACGGACGGCCUUUCCGGCAAGCGUCCCUGAAGGAAACCCGAAGAGUCUGGGCGCUGCUUCAGCCACAGCCGCUGCGUGUGGGCUGUUCCGGCUCGCUCUGCCGCUGACCGAAACCCGCAUCGACUGUAUCGUGUGAAAGCUGCAGCAUCGUUACUUGGCCUCAGUCCAAUGAUGUCGGCAACAAAACAAAUGAAGGUGGACCGAUGUCCUACUGAGGAAAUUUCCCUCUCCAACUGUGCAGCUGUAAACCCAGUGGAUUUCUCGGAGGACAAAGUUCGGCAUGUUGAAGUGACAACAACAAACCACAAGUUUGUAUUUACUAUUAAGACAUCAGAUAAGGUCAGACCAGGCACCAUGGGCUUCAGCUUGCCAAUGAGAAAAUGGGCAGAGCUUUCUGUCAGUCAGAUGGUUGAUGUGCGCCCAUAUGUGUUCGAUCCGAACACUCAAUACAUUGCAAAAAUUACUCUUGAAGCCGACUUCCUUGAAAAGAAAAACACCACAAAGGAUCCAUAUGACACUGAUAAGAUGUCCAUGGACUUUGUGCAGCAGUUUCCAAAACAGGCAUUCACAGUUGGUCAAACGCUGGCAUACCAGUUCUCAGAUAAAAAACUGUUGAAACUUGUCGUGAAGGAAAUGGAAGUCGCAAGUUUGGAUUACCUGAAGGGUGAUUCUCCUAAGCCACCGUCAAAACCCAAGACUACCCUGAUUGGGCUGCUGUUACCAGAUGCUGCCGUUGUUUUUGAAAAGGCUGAAGGCUCUACAGUGAACCUUACUGGACAUGCCAAAGGGAAAAUGGUACGUCAGUCUAUCAUCAAUCCAGACUGGGAUUUUAAUAAGAUGGGCAUUGGAGGGCUGGACAGAGAGUUCAACGCUAUAUUCAGAAGGGCAUUUGCCUCAAGAGUUUUUCCACCUGAAGUUAUUGAACAGCUUGACCUGAAGCAUGUCCGCGGCAUCCUUCUCUAUGGGCCACCUGGUACUGGGAAGACUUUGAUGGCUCGUCAGAUUGGCAAAAUGCUGAAUGGACGAGAACCAAAGAUAGUAAACGGACCUCAGAUAUUAAACAAGUAUGUUGGUGAGUCUGAAGCAAACAUUCGGCGCCUUUUUGAGGACGCAGAAGAGGAAGAAAAAAAGUUGGGUGUCAACAGUGGCCUCCACAUCAUAAUUUUUGAUGAAAUUGAUGCUAUAUGCAAGCAGCGAGGCUCAGUGGCUGGAAACACAGGUGUUCAUGACACUGUGGUGAACCAGUUGCUGUCCAAAAUAGACGGCGUGGAAUCAUUGAACAACAUUCUAGUGAUUGGUAUGACCAACCGUCGGGACAUGAUUGACGAGGCGCUGACCCGACCAGGUCGUCUUGAGGUGCAGAUGGAGAUUGGGCUCCCCGACGAACCUGGUCGCCUCCAGAUUCUGAACAUCCACACAGCGCAGAUGCGCACUCACCGCAAGAUGGCUCCUGAUGUGGACUUGGCUGAGCUGGCUGUCCUUACUAAAAACUUUUCAGGUGCCGAGCUAGAAGGCUUAGUACGUGCAGCACAGUCAACUGCCAUGAACCGGCUCAUCAAGGCAGGAAGUAAAGUGGAACUUGACCCGGAAGCUGCUGAGAAGCUUCUUGUUACCCGACCUGACUUCAUGAAUGCACUGGAGAAUGACGUGAAGCCGGCAUUCGGAACUAGUUCAGAAGAAAUUGAACAAUUGGUGUCUAAAGGUGUUACCACAUGGGGACCACAGAUAAGUGCCAUACUGGAAGAUGGUGAUUUAUUCAUCCAGCAGGCACGAUCUCCAGAGUCGAGAGGUUUGGUCACAAUCCUUCUUGAAGGUGCACCGAAUUCAGGCAAAACUGCACUGGCGGCUAAAAUUGCACUGCGUUCGGAGUUUCCAUUUAUAAAGCUCUGUGGUCCUGAUGGAAUGGUGGGUUACACGGAGACUGCUAAAUGUCAGAUUAUCAAGAAGGUGUUCGAUGAUGCCUACAAGUCUCAGCAAAGCUGCAUAUUGGUAGACAAUAUUGAACGCUUAUUGGACUAUGGCCCCAUUGGACCAAGGUAUUCAAACCUGGUGCUGCAAGCUCUUCUGGUGCUUCUACAGAAGGAUCCUCCAAAGGGCCGCAAGCUGCUUGUGCUAUGCACGAGCAGCCUGAAGGGAGUGCUGGAUGAGAUGGGUCUGAGCCCUGCCUUCACAGCUGUUCUGCGGGUGCCAAAUCUGUCCCUGCCCCAGCAUGUCCUGGCUGCACUUGAGGAUGUUGACUGCUUCACCAAGGCUGAGCUGGAUCAGAUUGCCAAGCAUCUGGAAGGCCGCAGGAUCUGGAUAGGAAUCAAGAAGCUCUUGGCAUAUGUAGACAUGGCCCGCCAGACCACUUCCCAAUACAGAGUUACCAAGUUCAUCUGCAAGCUUGAAGAAGAAGGAGCACUUGAGCUGAAAUAAAAGAUCACCUGUCCCAAAUGGUGGAUGGACACCAAGGCUCUGUCGCCUUCAUGCGGCUCUCGUCUCGCCCAGCUAUCUGACCUUAACCUAUGGUGGCCAGUUAUUUUUUUUUUCUUUUUGGUGUUCACACCUCAUAGCUCCUAAGAUGGCCAUAAUUUUUCAGCAUUGCUUUGAUACUUACCAACCCUGGUGUCUUUGUCUACAUGCAUAUAUAAAUAUAAAUUGAAUAAAACGAAUAUAUAUAUAUAUAUAUACCUGGUGUUUCACGAAACACUUUCAAAAUUUGUUUUUAAAUUGCUUGUGGCAGAUAGCACAAUUCUAGUCCAUGAGCUGGUCUACUCGAAGAGGCAGGCAUUACUUGCACAAAAAAGCGGACAUUCACACAAUUCUUUUCAUGUGGAUAUAGCCUUGCAGUCUCACCUGCGAGAAUUAGUAAAUUGCAAUAUGUGCCAUAAGAUAAUUAGUUGAAAACUUAAUUAGUGAACUUGCGGUAAUUAGUCGAUUAUGCAUUUAUUAUUUUUUUGUGCAAGUAAUAUCCGCCUCUUCAAGUAGACCAGCUCAUGCACUAGAAUUGUGCUAUCUACCACAAGCAGUUUAAAAAAAAAUUUUUUUUUAAUGUUCACUGAAACACCCAUUCAUUACUACAACAGGUGAUUCUGCUACAUAUAUUGUGAAUCUAUUAUGUUUGAUUCCCUACCACUUUCCUAUUUGAUCUUUACCUUUGUGAAUUGUGAUAUUGUUCUUGAAUGAAAAAAUGUAAUUACUUUGUUAUUUAUGGUAUGUAUUUGAAGCAGUGAAUGUUUGAAAUGUUUUUUUAGGCUUCAGUUCCUCUGAUGGCCUUUUUCUUUUCUUUUUUAGGAAGUUGGCAUAUGCUGUGGGCAGUAAGACUUUCAUUGCCUAUAGGCACUUUCUCACCACUCUUAUCCUCUUUUGUGGUGUUAGGGUAGAUAAGUGAAGAAAAAAGGUUUUCCCAUCACUGUGUGCUUUGUCUCGAGUCCAGACAAUCUGCUUUGACAAACCAACUUUCUGCCAUGUUUUUUUUUUUUUUUUUUCAAUGCAGAGUGUGAGUUCACGGGACUUCCAUUUUAACUUCUUGCAUAAAAUGCCAUACCUGGAGGUAUAUGAAGGCUUCAUCCAAGAGUUGUUGAAUAUUCAACUGUAUUGCAAAUUUGAAAGUUGUUUUGGACAUCAUUUUCUGUUGGAUUUGUUGCUCUAUUGAUGUUAGAGCUUUGGAUGGUCCUGGGACACUUCCUGGCACGUUCGCAAAUCUUACAGCAAAGCCCCAAUAUAUUGAAUUUCAAGAAAUUGCAGAAUAGUACAGUGUAAUGAAAAGUUAAUAUAUAGCAUUAUAUGCAAGUAUAAUAUCUGAAAAGCCACUGCAAUUCAAGGUGCCACAGGGACGGCACUUAAGCCAGUGCAUGAUCGUCGGGCACAAAAAGACUGCACAAAAAACUGCACAAAAGACCGCACUCGAAGGGCAAUUCUGUGCACAUGGAAUUUGCAGCAUAGGCUAUGUACACCCACAUUCUCUGAGCACCUGGAACAUCUGGUGCACCUGGAACGUCUGGUGCACCCAUUACCGCAACUGGUUGCCACCCAACAAGGGGGACGUCCAGAUAGAAACAAAAAGUGUUGUCAGCAAAUUUAACUUUUUGCACAUCACUGUCAAAAGCAGUCUUUGACUACUCCCCAUACUUUAGACCUAAAGGCUUGGUACACCAACUACAGAGGAAUGAGCAUCUCUUAAAUAAUUCUCCUGCAAUGAGAAGUGAUUGUGGAUAUUUGAAGCAGUGUCAGCCCAACAGAAGCCCUGAUAGAAACCACUCUUUUCUGUGGCAUGAAGGUGUGCAAAAUUCGACAUAUCAGAUGUGCUGAUAGAUAGCUUAUAGAAGGCCACAAAGCUGCAACUUUUCAUGUGUUUUUCAAUGGAAUAUUCCUGCUGUUUGAUGUAGGCUGUAAUAAAUGGUAUUCAGUUUCCUUAUAAUUUCGCCUGACCAUGUUUACUUACGUUGAGUGGAGCAUGGUUCUGGAGUAAAGUACAGUUUUAGAUACUUGUUCUCUUUUCUAAUUUCUUUCUUUGUUGUUACAUUAUUUUUGCAGAAGUAUUGUUAUUUGUGUGCUUAAGGCAUAUAAGUACUUCUGUGUGGUUACAUUCCUUUAUUUCUUGUGAUUUUGAAGCCAAAGUUUGGUAUGAUAUUGGCAAAGAUUUUUGCCACUUGUUGUAAUUGUGUGUCUAAGCAUAUGGUUUUUAAGCCAUGACCAUGUUUUUGUUUUUUUCUGAAAAGGGCACUCAAUUUCCCAAGUAUUCUUGCUUUCCAAAUUUUUGCUCUAUUAUUCUUAUUAAAAAAAUAAAUUUAUUAACAGCUUGCCAUUUUUGCUGACCCAAUUUAAUGAAAGUAGUUCUACAAAAUAUUAUAUCAUUGAGCACAUGCACAUUCAAGCAUCACAGUUGUUUGAAGCCAAAAUAGUGACAUGAAUUGAAACUGAAAUAAUGUGUAAGUGCAGAGACAUGCCUUAGUUCUAUUGACAAAAUGCUGUAGUGGAAUUGAAAUAUGUCUCUGUGUGGCCAACUUUGAAGCCUUUUUUCACAUUCAGCACUUUCUGGCAGUUCUGAUUCCAGGUGCUGUUGCUUGCAUAGUUUUUGUUUUUCUUGGCCACUGAAGUUGCAUGCGUUAUGCACUUUAGAUUAUCAAGCUCUUGCUUCGUGGGUGUAGAUAGAAUGUUCAUACAAAAUAAUGACCCUAACUCUUGGAUGAAAGAAAGAAAGAAAAGAAAUCUUUAUUCAAGCAUAAUGUACUAAAAAAUGGUUGACAGUAUCAUCUGGAUCCUUAGCCUAUGUGGCUAGUCUUGGAUCCAUACCAUAAACGUCAGCAUAAAUUGCAAUCCAAUAGCAGCAGUGCCAUUAACCAUAAUUACAUCCUUAUUGAAACCAUUAUUGCCUGGCUUAAAUUUGCACUGAACGGACCAGAUUUUUUCCUUUUUGCCCUUGGUCAUACCAAUUGCUGAAACUAGCAUGGUUCAUCUUUAGGAGUUAAAGCAUUAAAUACUUGGGACAGUCCUCUAUUCUUCAAAAUGCCUUAUCUAAUAAAACAGCAUCAGUUACACUACUUGCAUCAGUUUCUAUGUCAAUAUAACAACCUUCCUUUCUUAGUCUUAGUCUUAGUAAAACUGGUUUUCACUUGCUCUAGUCCUUGUUAAAUGUAAAGCUUAUUUGCUUCUAGAGAGGGUAUCUUUACCUUUGUUUUAGUAUUGCACAAAAUUGAUGUCCAAAUCACCUUUGCAUGUCCCUUUUACAUGAGCACAGUUGCAGCACCUCAUUAACAAGAUGCCUGGAGCAUAAGCCGAAAACAUGCUGCUGUUCUCUUUCCGUUUCACUAUUGUCAGUCACUAGUGCCUCUUGCUGCAACCACUUGUGAAACACAGGGCAGGCAGAUCCUGGCAAAGAUGAUGAACGGUACAUGUGUUAACCAAACACUCGUGCAGGAGUGAGGCAGCAGCAGCUACUGUUCACGCAGGCAAUGGUGUCGGCCGCCAGAGCCAUCUGUCGGCAUCAGCUCGUAGUAUGAGGCAGUGCAGCUGCAAUUGGCGAGAGCAAGCUUUAUUCCAGGCAUAUAGUUAAGAGGUGUUGGCAGUUGUGCAGGUUCGUUACAGCAAUUGAAUGCGAGUAUCUUAGACAUUUGCUUGACAUUGUCAUUCAGUGGCACAGGAUAACCAUAAUCUUUCUUUUUUUUUUUCUCUUCAUGGUUAUUUUGCAAGAUCCUUCUCCUCCUCCUUUAUCAAAGUUUACUGAUGUUUAACAAAUUUCUUGUAUUUCUUCUUCUGUGUGUGUUAGGUAAGGACACACACAAUUUAUCAAGUAUACAGUUACAUUAUUUGAUUGUUCCCAUGGCCAGAGAAAUCUGUGAAUGCUGCAGAGUAAAAUUAUCACUUUCGUACUUGAUGUUGCUGCUGGGCUCUUGUAGACAAGCCUGACACAUGUAAGCUAAUGUUGGUGUGUUCAUAGUUCAGUUUUUCUCUCUUCAUGUGUCCACUUCUCAAUGAAGCUUCUGUGCGACAUGCAAUUCAAACGUGUUUAUGCAUGAAAUUUACUCACUCCUUUUUCUGCUGCAAUGGCCAUGGUUGCUUGAAUGCGCCAGAGGUAAAAUUGCUUUGCGUGAAUUGUAAAUUUUUGAAAACUUUCCUAGUGCCUGAUUUUUCAGUCUUGCUAGAAUAUCAUGCUCUGUAGUCCUACAUUACUACUACUUUCUUCAGUAGAAAGUUGUUGCAUAGAGCUUUGAAAUGCUAGCCUUGUUAGUGUGGCAAGGGCAUUUGCUUGUGGUUCUGGUGUUUGUUGAUAGCAGCUUGUUAUAGUUACAUAGCUAGUUCUCAAAUUUUACUGUAUAUCACUGUGCCUCCAAGUCAGUAGCAACAAACGUUUGUAGACCAGUUUCCAUGUAAAGUAUGCUGCAAAGUGUUGUCCUUGUAGGUCUUUCAUUACUGUAGCAGGCUGUUUACUGACCUUCCAAGCUUGUUAUUGCUUGCAGAACAGGAGUUAGCCUAAACUUGCCAUUUCUUUGUGCAAAUUGUGAAUCACUGACAGGCAACAAAACCAAAUAAAAAAACUUAAGUGUGUUAGCCGACUACAUAAGGUUUCUGCUUUUAGCAAUCAUUUAGAAGUAUAUCGCAUACUCCUGUUAAAAACUGUUGACAGUAAAUCUGAUGUUGCUGAGGAUGUGUGUGUGCCAGAUUUAUUUGUUGACAAACAUACUGUUUUUUGAGAGGGCUUGUAUAUGUCAUUGUAAUUUGAUUAGCCAUUGUGAGCACUGUCAUUGUUUUAAUUUCUGCAGGUAACCAAAGAAACUGAAAACAUUGUUUGCUGGGGUGGGCAUGACAUUUUUGAUUCAACCAAGAACUGUAGCUCUUCACAUGAAAGCAUCACUAAGUGCUUACAGGACUCAUUAGCAAGAUUAAGUAGCGAACAUUGAUCUUAAUUUUUUUUAGUCCUGCUGAUGCAAGGAAAAGUUAGCAUCCACCUGAAAGUAGCAUAACAUUACAAAAGAAACCAAUAUGGGUUACUCAAAAAGAAAGCUUCACAUCUUUAAAAAUAGAAUUGUCCUUGUGAACAAGCACUAAACCAGGCACCACCACCAGGAAGCUAUCAGAUGUGGUAGGGUGAGCACAAAUUAAUUGGCAGCCUGAGUUUCCUUGAGCUCGUUUGCUUAAUCAUGCUAAUAGUGACAUUUUUAUAUUUUAAAAUGCAAUAACUGGCCUAAGUAUGUGGUAAGUUGUUUGGACUUGUAUUAUCCCAGCAUAUGCGUGUCCAGAUGACAUGACAUUUACUCGCAAAACACAGCUGAGCCGUAUCUUGGCUUGGCUUACGGAACAACCAUUUCCAUGAAGGCUGGCAGACAAAUGCGUAUUGCAUGCCAUGUUGCAUAAAACAAGGUUUAAAAAUUGAAGUGAUUUUUCUUGCAUUCAAAAGAUUGUACACUUAACUCUAAUGCAAGUUCACCUAAGAAAAAAUUUUGAACAUUUAUGAAAGUUUCUCGAGUUAGGUGGCAUGCUUGGUACAAUAACUCUAAGUGUGGGUGUUUGAUAAGUAUAGACUGUCUGGCAACUGUGCUAUUGCUAUGAUGCACUUCACGCGUCUAUGAUGCUGCUAGAUGUGCACAGUUAUUUGUCUAGCACAUCGCAAGGAUAGUGCCCAUCAUGCAAACGUUGCACCUCUCUGGACCAACAGGCUAACCCUGAUAUGUCAUGCCGAACCAGGCAAAACCUGAACAUAUUUAUUUUGGGUGUCUUUCAGAGAGAAAACUAUAAACCUUUGAAUCUCCAGCUGCAGCAAUCUUCCAACAAUGUAUGCUUCCACACAUUCACUCUAGCUUCCUGUGAGCAUUUUGCAAAAAGAAACAAGCUAUAGUGCAUCUGUUGUAGAGUUUAGCAUUUGGUGGUUUCUGAACAGGGGGAUAAUGUGAAAGCUUAGGUCUAUUAGACAAGGCCUGAGUGAGUGAAAAGAAUACAACUAGCAUGGUGAAUGCUCUGUUUCACCUGAAAUGUCUUCCCCCUUUAAUGAGCUCCUCUUUCAAGCAUCCAAAACAAAUUAUGGGGCCCCUAAAUACGGCUGCUCUAUCUACGUGCUACAAUAAAUUGAAAACUAUAUGAAGGAAAAAAAAAAUGUUCGUAAAGCAUCAAGCAGCAAAGAAAAACUGAUUCUGUGCUGAGGCUCUGCUAGGUUACUUGAUUUCCUUUCUGCUGCACAGUUAACUAAAGAAUGCCUCCAUUUGAGUUAGCACUUGCACGUGAUGUACGUCAUGAAACGUAUAUCUGGUUGUGUUGGUCAUUCGAUAGCUUAAAUUUAACAUGGAGCAUGCUAGUGGAUAUAGCUUUCUUUUUUUUUCAUGUUAUAUUAGCGAUAAGCAGUACACUCUAUUUCCAUAACUCUGAUGCAAAUUUAUUUGGCAUUUUUCACCAUAAAAUAUGGGAUUGACCUUUAUUUUUAAUUAUUCUUUGGUACCGCACACUGCUAGAUCAUCAUUCAAACUUUUUGUGGACUGUGCUCACCCUUGAAUUGUCCAAACUGCAAGGAAGGAGUAAACCUUAGGUGUGGGCAUAAUACCUACAUUGAGCUAAUUGUCAAGCAGUCUUCACCACUCAGGUUGUAAGGCUACUGUACCAACCAAGCUCAUGCUCUGUCUUCAAGGCAAGGAUGACGUGGCGCAUGUGCAAUGCUGUUUUUUCACCUGGAAUAGUGUCUACUAGUGCAUGGGUUUCAGUUUGAUUUAUUUGUACGUUUACUCCAUGCACACCAGGCACAGUGGGAGCUUCUGCAUAUGAUAAUAAAAUUAUUGCAUUCCUCCUUUAAAUGUUUUACGAAUGCUGAAUGAAUGUUGACUUUGGGUGCAGAUUGUAGACCUUGUCAUAUAGGUCACUAAUGUACCAUUCAGUCAGGGUGUAGUGCUGUAAUUUAUGAAGUGGAGAAACGGAAUAGUCUUGGCUGGUGGCUCCAUCAGCACUCACAGGAACAAUUGCGAGCGAGUUAAUGGCACACUUGUGGUUGGUUGAUAUCAGCAUAUUUUAUUUUUGUUGACUACAUCAAAAUUCAUUGCAAUAGAAAACAUACUUGCACUCUAUUUGUAUAUGUAAUGCUUCAAAAAACUGCAAUAAACAAGUUGUGGUAUGUC